GACAGUAAUUGUCAAAAUAGACGUGUAAUCAUCCAGUUUGAUUUUAGUUUAAAGAUUAUUACAAGAUUCUAAAGGAUUUGAAAUGGUUGUUGAAAAGAAUACUCACUCAUCGAAUCCUUUAGAACAGUUUAUACUAUUAGCUAAAACAGCGAAAGGUUCGGCAUGUUUAGAAUUGAUAAAACAAGUCCUGGAGGUGCCAGGAAUUUAUGUUUUCGGCGAAUUACUUGAUAUGCCGAAUAUAAAGGAGUUGGAGAGUACCCCAAAUAAGAUAUAUUUAAAUACAUUGAAUUUAUUUGCGUACGGAACUUAUAGCGAGUACUUAUUAAAUAAGGCUAAUUAUUUAGAAUUAACACCUAGUCAACAAAAAAAGUUACAACAUUUAACUAUCGUUACUUUGGCAACAAAAUCUAAGUGUAUACCAUACACGAAUUUAUUAAAAGAAUUGGAUAUAAAAAACGUUCGUGAUUUGGAAGAUUUAAUAAUAGAAGCUGUUUAUGCAGAUAUAAUCCAUGGAAAAUUAGACCAAAAGAACUCUCAAUUAGAAGUUGACUCCGCUAUUGGAAGAGAUAUUCGCGCAGAGGACAUUAAUGUUAUUGUUCAAUGUCUUCAAGAUUGGUGUUCAGCUUGCGAAGGAGUUUUAUCUUGCGUCGAGUCUCAAAUACAUAGAGCAAAUUCAGAGAAAAAUCGUAAUGUACAAAGAAAAGCAGAUAUUGAACAAGAAAUAAUUAAUAUAAAGAAAACAUUAAAGACUCAACUUCAGGAACGUGCAGAAGGUAGUGAAGAAGCAAUGGCUACAGAUAAUAGAGAGCCUUCUUCUAGUGGUGAAAAAGCUAAGAAGCAAUCAAAAGUAAAAGGUAUACGAUCAAGUGGUAAAUUUUGGUUAAAAUCGUAAAAAAAAAUGAUUAUAAACGGUGUUAUAAAUGUUUAAAUGUUAAUUUAGUAUUUAAAGAAUUUUUAAUAUCAAUAAAUUACAGUAAUAAUUUAACUAGCACAAGAUUGUUCACUGUUUAAAUAUUAUUUUUUAUUAGUGAUUUAAGCUGUGGAGGUAUUUCCACAGUAAAAACAGGUAUUUAUAAAAUAAAUUAUUCAGAUUAGUUUAGAAAACAAUUAUUUAAAUAAAGAAAUCAAUUAAAUAAAAUAGUAUGUAUGAAACGUUGUUUUCUAUUUCCUCAAGAAAAAAAGGUAGAAUGUAGUUUUUAGAUUCUUUUUCUUGUUAUCUCGUAUUUUCUUAAUUGCGGUGGGUACAAAAUAUAAAAAUA